AUGGAGGAGACUAUAGCUAAUACCAAGAACACAAAUGCUUUCAUGGAGGAGACUAGAGCAAAUACCAAAAACACCAAUGCUUCUAUUAAGAACUCGGAGAAUCAAAUUGGCCAACUGGCUAAGCAAUUUGCAGAAAAGAGCUCCAGAAAACAUAAGCUGCAUGAAUGCCAGACAGUCACACUCACUGAGGAGUGUAGUGCCAUCAUACAGAAGAAGUUUCCACCCAAACUCAAUGAUCCAGGUAGCUUCAAUAUUCGCAUUGCUAUUGGUAAUACUGAUGUUGGCAGGGCAUUGUGUGAUCUUGGGGCAAGCAUUAACCUGAUGUCGUUAUCUGUUUGCAAAUCUCUGGGAAUUACUGAAUUAAAACCCACUAUGGUUUCACUUCAACUCGCUGAUAGAUCUUUGAGGAGACCGAGUGGAAUUAUUGAAGAUGUUCUUGUUAAAGUGGACAAGUUCAUCUUCCCAGCAGAUUUUGUAGUGUUAGACAUGGAAGAGGGUACUGAAAUACCUUUGUUAUUGGGUAGACCGUUCUUGGCUACUGCUCGAGCCAUGAUUGAUGUUGAAAAUGGCAAGCUUGAGUUGAGGAUGAAUGAUGAGACCAUCACCAUCAACGUCUUUGACUCCAUAAAACAAUCUUCUGAUAAAGGCGAUUGUUUUCGACUUGAUAUUCUAGAGCAAGUGGUGGAAGAAGAAAUACCUUCUAGUCAAUAG